AUGACGGAGCAAAAAGGGAGGCUGGAUACUCUCCCUUUUGACGUUUUAUACCAGAUUGUGUUGAGUCUAGACGAUCAGGAUUACAACAAUCUUAGCUGGGUGAACAAAAACCUCAAUGUGCAGCUGCGCAAUGAGUAUCUGGCGAAGAAGAUUAUUGACCGAUACGUGUUGCAUACAAAGGAAGGGAAACAGGCUGUCAGAGGGAAGAUCACAUACCGACAGGCCCUGAGCCAUUCGCAUUGUAUCAAAGAGGCCUUUGCUACCGGGCAGCCAUAUUUGGCCACGAUCUUGGGCCACGGGACUGAUUUUUUGUACAACGCUGGCGUCUUAUGUUACUUACGCAGUGACACCGAGAUUCGUGUGCUCAACGUCCACGAAUCCGGUGAGACGGAACAAGUCAUCAACCUGGAGCGUGUCAUGGCUCGUAUUACAAGGGAUCCGACAACACCCCGCCUGGAAACUACCUUGCUAUAUUACAACGAGGGAGGCUUGUCAAUACUGGUCAAAAAUAUAAUGACGAGAACCAAGUACAUGGUGCUGCUGGAUGUGCAGCCGAAUGUAAAGACAGGAAGGCUGCGCUUUUGGUCCUCGGUGCAUGCCAAUGAACGAACCUGGGCUCGUCACAAUCGCACAUUUCUCUGGUGGGGGGCCUAUCAUGAAUAUUACCAUGAUGAAGACUACAAUCAAUGGGCCAUAGGCUGUGCCCAUCUUGAAACAGGCCGUCCUAUCACUUGCGAUCCGAUGCCCCUCCCAUAUUUCUACUCGGCAGGCGAGGUGGGCCAGAAUAUCUGUUUCGAGAUGCAUGGCAAUGACCUCUUUGUGGUGAGCAACCUGGUUGAACUGCAAGCGAAAAAGCUUCAGCGGACCUCUUGCUAUUCCUGGACCUGUCUCUCUCCCGCCCAUCUGUUGGGUCAGUCCAAGAUCUGCAGGUAUUACGCCUGGCGCCGCCACCAUGAAGAAGGUCCCAUAAAUGACACUUGGACAGAUCUGUCCCUCGAGACUGACGAGGCUACUGGCCGAAUGCUCAUAAUUGAGGGUCGCAGCGAAUGGAGGAAUGGUGGCAGUGUGCAAUGCCGUACCUAUUAUCAACAUGCACUUCCGUUUCCCGAGGAGAUCUGCUCAUCAGAUGGAAAUAAGGGGAAGGGGAAAGGUAAAGAAACAGGAGCAAGUGCCUUAUCUGAGGAGGCAUUCAGCAAUACGGAGCCGAGAAUCCGCCUCCCACGCCAUUGCCAUUCAGAAUACGACGUCAUCGACGACAUGUCCCAACGGCGAGACUUUAUUCUCGCCCGAACAAAGCACCACUCCUACAACCUAUCCUCCUCCUCCUUUGUCGAUCUGGUGAACGACCUCGAGACGGUCCCCAACAGCAUGCACCCUCGAGACUGCCUGCGUCUGCGGAUCGCGUCUCGCAAGCGCAAGCGUCCCGUUGACGAGGACGGUGAAGAGGGCAGGCCUGGCAUGCUGUACUGCCGGGAGACUGACGAAGAAAGUGGUGUGCCGAUCCAGUUCAGCGACGAACGGUUCGUCUCGCGCGGCGUCCAGCUAUGGCCGCCUACCUCUGCGCCCGCUGAGCUGAAGCGCCUCCUGUGUCCUAAUGGGGACACUAGGGACGUGCGUGCCUGCGCGGAUGAGCGAUCCAUCAUCUACUCGAUCAAUGACAGCACCGUCGACCCACGGUGCAACCAGCCGAAGCAGCUUAAGCGGCUUGUCCUUCUCAGCUUUGAUCCUCACAUCAGAUUCCCGAACAUGAAACCGCUACAGCUACACACCAACCAGCAACCUUCUACUCCGGCCUCGCCUUCAUCAUUCUCUUCCUCCUUCUCGUCCACUUCUUCUUCUACUACUACUACCUCUACCUCUACCGAUUACUCUAGCCAGAUGACAGGACCCUGGCUCUCGAAUCUGUAUCCAGAAAGACAGCCCUCAAAGUCUCUCCGACAGGAACCAGCGAUGCACAUGUACAUUCGUGAUGGGUUCAGGUUCCCCCGAUGA